AAAUAAAAUUAAUUUUAUUCUCCAUUAAAAAUCUCACACAAAUAGAAACUGGUCGAAUGGGAUAACUGGUGAACUUCAAUUAUGGGCAUGAACUAGCACACAACAUCACAGUACUUUGAUGUUUUUUUGCUGAUGAAGAAGCCAUCUAAAAGCUAUCAUAGUAAUCAAAUUUCAAUCAAGCACUUGUUAAAUGGUUAAAAGACCAAUCUUUUUCAGGAACCUGAUAAUCAAGACUCAACCUUUCAAUCAUUUUUACUCUUCUUCAUCUCAACAAUCCAAAUCCUUUUUAAACCUCUCAAAAUGUGUUACAUUACUACAAUCUUUUGCCCACAAAAAUUAUCUCCAAAAGGGCCAACAGCUUCACGCUUACAUGCUCAUAACUGGCCUCAUUUUCUCUCCAUCUUUAACUACAAGCUUGAUCAACAUGUACUCUAAAUGUAAUAAGACGGCCUAUGCAUUGUCUGUUUUCAACACUUCUGUGCAUGGCCACAACGUGUAUAAUUACAAUGCUAUUAUAGCUGGAUUGAUAGAUAAUAAGAUGGCCACACAGGCUUUUCAAUAUUUUCUUGAAAUGAGGGUGAUUGAUUAUAUUGUGCCUGAUAAUUUUACUUUCCCGUGUGCAAUUAAGGCUUGUUGUGAUGUUAUAGAGUUGAAAAAGAUUCAUGGGUUGUUGGUUAAAUUUGGGUUGGAGCUGGAUUUAUAUGUUGGGAGUGCUCUGGUGCAUUGUUACUUGAAGUUUGGGUUUGUUGAAAGUGCAGAAGAGGUGUUUGAGGAGAUGUCUGUUAGAGAUGUUGUGCUUUGGAAUGCGAUGAUUAUUGGGUUUUCGCAGAUUGGCCAGUUUGAUAAGGUUUUCGAGGUUUUUGGAAGGAUGAAGAAUCAAGGGGUUGUUCCGAGUAGAUUUACCAUAACGGGGAUAUUACCGGUUGUUGGUAUGAAGGAGGGGAUUGAUAAUGGGAGGGCAUUGCAUGGGUUUGUAGUGAAAAUGGGUUAUGAUUCUGCUGUUGCAGUUUCGAAUGCUUUUAUUGAUUUAUAUGGGAAAUGCAAGUGUGUUGAUGAUGCUGUAAGGAUUUUUGAGACGAUGCAUGAGAAGGAUAUUUUCUCAUGGAAUUCGGUUAUAUGCGUUCAUGAACAGAGGGGUGACUAUUAUGGAACCUUGAGGUUUUUGAAAAGGAUGGUUUUUGCUGGGAUGCAGCCUGAUUUGGUCACUGUUACUACUGCGCUUCCAGCCUGUGCUCACUUGGCUGCUCUGAGGAUUGGUAGCGCGAUUCAUGGUUUUAUUGUCACUAAUGGACUGGUGAAACAUAAAGAUAGCAAAGCUCUUGAUAAUUUGCACAUUGACAAUGCUAUUAUGUAUAUGUAUGCAAAGUGUGGAAGUUUGAGUGUAGCUCGGUUGAUUUUUGACAAGAUGGGCAAUAAAGAUACAGCAUCAUGGAACAUUAUGAUUAUGGGUUAUGGAAUGCAGGGGUUUGGAACCAAGGCGUUGGAUACUUUUUCUCGCAUGUGUGAAGCUCAAAUGAAGCCUAAUGACGCGACAUUUGUUGGGAUUUUGUCAGCGUGUAGCCAUGGAGGCCUUUUAAGCCAGGGGCGGAUGUUUCUUGAUCAUAUGCAACCGAUAUAUGGUGUAGUUCCAACUAUAGAACACUACAGUUGUGUGAUUGACAUGCUUGGUCGUGCUGGGCAGCUUGAGGAGGCAUAUAAAUUACUAAUAACGAUGCCAGUUAAGGGCAACCCAGUGGUAUGGAGAGCCUUUUUAGCAGCAUGCAGACUUCAUGGAAAUGCAGAUUUGGCUGGUAUUGCUGCCAAUAUAAUAUAUAAGUUUGAACCUUUUCAUUGUGGAAGUUAUGUGCUAAUAUCAAAUGUUUAUGGAGCUGAGGGACGGUAUGAAGACGUAUCAGAAAUAAGACAUACAAUGAGAGAACAUAACUUGAAGAAGACACCAGGUUGUAGUUGGAUCGAACUUAGUAAUGGUGUGCAUGUUUUUGUAACUGGUGAUAGAACACAUGCAGAAGAUUACCACAUCUAUGCUGCACUAAAGCACUUGACUUCUAGUCUGAGGGAUUACAAAGAUGUCCCAGGCUUUGAGCCUUAACAAAACGGGCCUCAAUUUAUGGUUUUUGUACGGGUACCAACCGGUUCCUUGGCCUUUCAACAUG